AUGUCUGAAUUACAAUCUCAAGAGAAUUUACGGCGGCAACGGCAACGGCAACGGCAACAGUAUCCCCGGCAUGUUACCCCUACUUCUCAAACCUGUGAUGCUGAAAUUACUUCUUUAACUAAUACAUCGAAUUAUGAUCAUUCGAUAAAAGAGUCUCAAGUCGAAAGUAAGAAAAAUUUAAUUAUAAAAACUGGUUACCAUACUCCUCCUUAUGAAAAUAGCAACAACAAUAAUAAUAAUUCCAACAGCAUUAGUAGCAGUACUGAUGCUAAGGAAUCUACUGUCAUUGCUACUUCUCCAUCUCCAUCUCCAUCUUCAUCUCCAGUUAAUAAAAAAUUAUCUUCUGAAACUACUUUUAAGAAAUUCAUUGUUCAUAUUGCGAAGCUUUUAUCAACAAUAACUUCGUCAUUAUCUGCAAAUGAUUCUACUAUAAAUAAUAGUGUCAACACUAUCGUUCCUUUUAUUGUAGAAAUCAUAGACAGAUCAAAAUGUAAUAAGAACGUUUUAUUAUUGGCAACUUAUUAUUUUAAACAGAUUUAUUCGUUGAAUCCUAUUUCAACAAAAAAUUCAAAAUCACCUUUACCAACUUUUUCUCAUUGUGCAAAAAGAAUAUUCUUAUGUUGUUUAAUCAUUUCCCAUAAAUUUUUAAAUGAUAAUACUUUUACAAUGAAAAGUUGGCAUUGUAUCAGUGGUUUACCUCAAACUCAUCUAUCCUUGAUGGAAAGAUGGUGUUUAACAAGGUUAAAUUAUAAUUUAAAUGUACAUCAAGAUGCAUUGCUACAAUUAGAAGAAAUUUUAGUACAAACUUCUGAAUCUCAGAUGUUAGCAACUCCUUCAAAGAAAAGACCUUUACCUGUAGAUGGUGAGGAUAAUGAUAAAGAUUCACAUUUUCUUCGGCCUAUUCAGAAAUCAAUCAACAAUGUCUACAAUGGUAAAAGGUUAUGUAAAGUUGAUGUUUAG